AGUUUAUAAACAAAAAAAUUUGUAAACAUAAUUUUUCCGUAUUAAAAUACUCAAAUAUUUUUCCAUCUAGCUAAUACUGAAUCCGAGAUCAUUUUUUCCAUCACAGGCUCAGGAAAAUAAUCGCAUUAUGGAUCGUGCUGUGUUUCUCCUCAUUCUUUUCACACAAAGCUUUCUUCUAUGUUCAAUUGCCACGGCACAGCAGAAUUACUCAGCAAAUUCAAUACUAAGUUGCAAGAACAAUGACACAACGGGGCCUUCUCCAGCUUUCCUUUACACCUGCAAUGGCCUCCACAAAUCCUGCCAGGCCUUCCUCAUCUUCAAAUCCCAACCUCCUUACAACUCCACGACCACAAUUUCCAACCUCACAUCAUCAAACCCAGAAGAGCUUGCCAGAAUCAAUAACGUCACUCUGCACACGGUGUUCCAAACUGGCAAAGAGGUAAUUAUCCCUGUCAACUGUUCCUGUCUAACGAGGGACUACUACCAAGCUGAAAGCGAAUAUGUAUUGCCUCCGAAUCCAACAUAUUUUUUAGUAGCAAAUGAUACGUAUCAGGGGUUGUCCACUUGUGAUUCUCUCAUGCGUGCCAAUCCAUAUGGGGUGCUUGAUUUGCUUCCUGGCAUGGAAUUGCACGUGCCACUCAGAUGUGCUUGUCCAACGGCGCAGCAAUCAACGAACGGCACCAAGUAUUUAAUGACUUACUCAGUGAACUGGGGUGAUAAUAUUUCUAAUGUUGCCAAAAGAUUCAAUGUUACUGCAGGUAGUGUAGUUGAUGCCAACAGUUUUUCCUCUGAAAAUCAAGCUCUCUUUCCGUUCACAACUGUUCUGAUUCCGUUUCCAAGUGAACCCAGGAGUUCAUUGACCAUAGUUGAUAAUCGUCAACCAACCACUUUACCUCCUCUUGUUUCCAUUGCUGAAAAGGAUAAGAGUAAGACCAAGAGAAAAUUCAUCGUUGCGGGAGCCACGACAGGGGGCUUCAUGCUUGUUCUCUGUGUCAUUUUAUCUGCGGUGUUUUUGCUCAGAAAUAGAUCAGCGGGGUUCUUUAAGCGAGGUACAAAAGGUAAAACAUUGACCCCUUCAGAAGGUAUCCGUGGGGAGAUAGCAAGCAUUGAGCUUCUCUCCAAAGUGUACAGGUUUGAGGAAAUAAAGGAAGCAACUGAGAAUUUUAGUCCAAGGAAUAGAAUAAAGGGAUCUGUGUAUCGCGGGGUAUUUGGUUAUGGCAGGAACAUCUUGGCUAUCAAAAAAAUAAAUGCAGAUGCGUCCAAGGAAGUGAAUUUGCUGGGAAAGAUCAAUCAUUUCAACCUGAUAAAGCUGCAAGGUUACUGUAAAAAUGAUGGCUUCUUCUGUCUUGUUUUUGAAUAUAUGGAAAAUGGCUCCUUAAGGGAAUGGCUUGGAAAAAGCAGGUCCACAGAGCACCAGUGCUGGGCAAAGAGGAUCCAAAUUGCUCUAGAUAUUGCCAAUGGACUACAGUAUCUUCACAACUUCACCGAGCCCUGCUAUGUGCACAAGGACAUUAGCACUGACAACAUUCUACUAAACGGAGAUCUAAGGGCCAAGAUAGCGAAAUUUACUCUUGCUGAAGAAUCAAAGAGGGAAGUAACCUGCGGUUCUUCCACAUUACAUGUUGUGGGAACUAGGGGAUAUAUGGCCCCAGAGUAUCUGGAGGCAGGGAUAGUCACUUCCAAAAUGGAUAUCUAUGCCUUUGGAGUGGUGCUCUUGGAAUUGAUCACAGGCAAAGACUCUAUUAUAGUGCAAGAUGGAAGAGAAGUAAUGCUUUCAGCAGUCAUUACAAAUCUCAUUGAUGAAGAUGAUGCAGAAGCGAAACUCAGUUUGUUCAUUGAUCCACGCCUCACUGGAAACAGCGGGAAUGUAUUUGCUCUUCAGCUAGUUAGGCUAAGUCUAGCAUGCCUGAUAGAAGAACCUGCAAGGAGACCAAACAUGGCUGAGGUAGUCUCUAGCUUAUUGAAAAUACAUACAGAGAUGGACAGAAGAAUAUCAUCUGGCACCAAUAGCAGUAUACGCCCGGAGAGGUGAAAAUGACAGAGAGCUUUAGCCAAAUAGAAAUGUAAGUAUUCAUCAGAAAUGUAAACUUCUAUUAUUUCAGCAAUUAAUUAGCUGCAUAAUAUGGCCAAUAAUACUCAUUUAUGCACAAACUAACUUGCUAAACUAGGAAGCAAAUGCCAGAUGCAACUUCCAAAAGGGAACAAUUGCAUAACUCUAAAGCAUGGCCUCUUCUGGCUAGACACAACCUGCACUAAGUCCAUCUUGACAUUUACUUUUUCUCUGUCCUGAAUCUAAUGUUCCUCGUCUUAACCUAAUCUCUUUCUGUUUACAUCCUUUUGCCUAAUAGCUUAACUUUUUGGGAUAGUUGGUUCAUAACAAUAACAUAAUGAGAACCUCCUUCACUAAGGAGUCAGGUGUCAAUCCUUGUCAGCCCCAUUUCUUAUAUACAAAAAUUGAAUUUCAGAAAACGGAAAACUCCCCGUCAAAAUUCAUCUCCAUAAGCAGGGGACAAGUUUGAUUCAAUCUGGUGCUUAAAGAACUCCCAACCGUCCUCUCAAAAUGUGAUAUUUUACCUUUCCUAGAUGCAUUGGAUGCAGAUGAUAAUGAGCUGAAACAAGGUUGCUGUUCUGAUGCAGAAGAGAGCUAAGCCUCGAACCACAUAUGAGCCACAACCUGAGACAUACCUUCUUCAACAUCUUGAUUUAGGGUCUGAUAACCUUCAUAUAUAAAGUAUGUACGUACCAUUGUAAUCAGUGUAUCGAAAGACAAUCCGAAAGAGUUGAUCGAUCUACUUCCACACUUCGGACCAUUUGAAUUUGAAGGACUCAACCUCUCAACAGCCAAGAAAACUCGCUCCGCCACUGGAAUCGGGUACCAUAACUCGUCCUCCAUUAGCUUCUUCUUUUCGGCGAGUCA